AAGUCGUCGGAUCAUACGGACUCCGACUCUUGAACCGACCGGCCGGUCUCCACAGCAGAAGCGCGCCGCCUUCCCUUCCGCCGACAGAUCGUUGCACGCCGUCCCCGGCGAUCUGCUCCGCUAGGGUUUGCUACUCUUCGAUACAGUCCGGGUUCAGAAUCCCGAAUUCUUGGUGGGUCCGGGUGGUGAUUAUCUGGGAGCAUGAGAGCUCGACUGGUGGUCUUCCCGGUCAAGGGGAGGAAUUGGUGCUUCGGACUCUCCAAUGAGGCUGCCUCUGGCGCCGACGCUUCGUUGCAGCCAGUGCCUACACUGCGGGAUCUCUGGAAAAGGAUCUCUUCCGAUGGCGGCCGCUCUGCCCAGGCGAGAGCAGAGUUCGUCGUCGAUUUUAUCGCCGAUAAAAUGAAUCGCGCAUGGAUUGGUCUUGAAAAGGCUCCAGCUGGAACCCUAAAGAGCAGAUUACACAGUUUAGGGUCGCGGCUGUUAUCGGGAGUAAAGCCUUCAGAGAUAUUUUUGAAGUCUGUUUCUAAAGACAUUAAACAAGUGGAAGUAACAUACCCUGCGAAUCUAAACCCACGUUUUGUACGUCGAAGAUUGCGUCAUAUAGCUAUGAGGGGAUGUGCAGUCCACAGGAGAUUUUUGUAUGGUUCUAUUGCUUUACUUCCAGCUAUAUCUGUUUUCAGUAUUCUACCAUUGCCUAACGUACCUUUCUUCUGGGUUUUGUUUCGUGCUUAUUCUCAUUGGAGAGCUCUCAAGGGAAGUGAGAGACUUAUGCUACUGGUUUCAGAUAAUUCAAAAUCAUGGAGUUCACUAAAUUCCACUAAGAAAGGAAGUGGACACGGCGAUGAUUUAAACACCAGCUAUGAAGAUGCUCUCUCACCUCCGUGGUUUUUGCAACCGUCUAAAGAUCUGGAGAGACUUUUGAAUGGGCAAGUUAUCAAUGACGGCAUCAGUUGUUCCUCUCUCUCUAUCAUCUGCCAAACAUAUGACCUCGAUAUGAAUGUCAUUAAGAAGUACAAAAAUGCUCAGUAGUAUCAAGGUCGAUUCUUUUGUUCGAGCUGAAAAACUUACUGAAGCUCACGUCUAAAGCUCCGGCGAGAUUCCUGGAACAAGUUAGGAGCAUAUUCUGCAUUGUCAGGCGCAUGUUCUUGGAUAUCUUCAAGUUACAAUUUUGUGCCUCUCCUAGUUUCGCUUUGUACUAUGUUUCAAAUUUUAAAACUUGGUUUCGAUGUCCUUUCCCUGAACUUGUUAGGGUAGGGGGCAUAAUUUCUCUACUUUGUUGUUAUUAUUAUUAUUAUUAUUAUUUUAAAAAAAUUGUUCAUUUUUUCUACAGAA